CUUGCCAACAGUGAGUAACAGAGACGUGACCGAUCACCCGGGCGGCUAGCGAGCCGAUCAGUGGUGAAGAGGAUAAAAGUAAAAGUAAAACACAAAGAAACACAGCUGCUGUUUAUAAAAUAAUUUUCAUCUGAUUAAAUUAUAUAUUUUAAUAUUAUUUUACAUUGAAAACACCGUUAAUGAGGAUUAUCAUAGCGUGGAAGGAAUACACUGUUUAUGCAAUCUGGAAAUAUACCGCUAUGUAGCGGUUUAUUCAGUUAAUGGAGCUCCAAAGAUCCUGCACUUACAACAUUUAGGAUCUACUUAGAGAGUUAACUGGGAGAUACAAUAUUGUAAAUACGUUUGAGUGUCCGGCCUCUUAGCUACUGAACCGCAACAAUAAUAAUUAUAACGUUAACGUCGUUUUGGAUCAAAUCAUAAUGGUGAGACCUUGCAACACACCGGUUGUCAUAGCAACAUGAGGAAGACCUCGCUGGUAUAAAACAAAUCGUUAUAUAUAUUUCUAAGCCUUUCAUGUGACAGUCUGACAGAUUAUCGUUUAAUUCAGAUGAAAAUCAAGCGCCUUGUACAAUCAACUAGAAGAACUGUAUUGGCAAAGAGAAUUUCAACAUGGUAGAGGAGCUGAGAGUGUUGUGUUUGAGGGUAAUAACGGAGAAUAUUGACGGCAGAGAACACGCAGUUAGGGAGGCUGACGCGACGUGACUUGGGUGAAGUGUGUGCGGUACUCAGUGUUGACCUUCCAUUACCGGUGGCACUGAUGUUACCUCUCGACGACCUCUACUGGCGGCGCAGAAUCCAGGCCCACUAUCCCCCACCUCACCUAGCAUUCACAGCGAAAGGUCGCCGUAAGGGCGUGCAUCAGAAGGCGGCGCGGGAGAGAGUUGUUACACCGCAGACAAAGUCAGGAAUCGGGGGAGGUGACAUGGACGGUAGCAGUCUGAUUACGACUACAGAGACUGUCAGCCACGCCCACCCUCUUCCCCGCGUUACUAUAAUACGGUUCAAUGGUAGCUGGAAGCGGGCUUACUUAGAGGCCAACCUGGCGAGGGCCAUCACUACCACUCACGAAACCAAACGUGGCUGGCGGACGCUUGGGCCGCUCCUCCAGUUGUGUGCCCCAUAUAUCCAAGCUCUUCAUCUUCCUUCCCUCGCACGUGCCCCGGGCAGUUGUGAUGGUCCCGGUGUGGAGCGAGGCACCUUCGACCACCUGAACUUAGCAGACGUCAUUACAGCGCUCCCUCACAUCAAGGAUUUGAGCGUGCGGUGCCAAACGGUGGAAGAAGGAGGGGAACUGUGCUGGGCCGACCUGGGUGUGUCUGUACAAGAGGCGGCCGUUCUCUCAAAUGCAGUUGCUACCAACCCCAGGAUCACACAUCUCAAAGUGUACGAGAGUUGUGUGGACGAUGCACGAGCAGAUGUACUUGUGGGUGGCCUCCAAGGUCACCAGGGACUGACUUACCUUGACCUGAGCCAUAACCAGUUGACCUGUGCCUCUGUGCCCAGUCUCAUCGCCCUUCUCAAGUCUACACGCCUCGCCUCCCUCCACCUUCAGCACAAUAACAUAGGAGAGAAGGGUGCAAGACAGCUUGGGGAGGCAUUGGCUCAAGCACUGCAUCUGCAAGCGCUCCUCCUCGACCUCAAUCCCCUGAGUCGUGGUGGUGAAGCAAUUCUGGAAGGGGCGACGAAGGGAGGUAGACUGCGCGUGUUGUCCUUAGCUGGUUGUCGCCUCAGAGACCAGUGUUGGAUGCCACUUGCAGCCGCCCUCACCUCCCUCCCUGAACUUCGCUAUGUCUGUCUUGCUGCUAACCCCUUCAUGCAGGAGCCACCAGCUGAGGUAGUGAAAGCGGCAGCGGAUGGGGCACGUAUCCUGCUAACCAACCUUGACGGUACCACCUACAUGAUGGGUCGUGUCCAGGGCGGUCGUCAGCUGUCUCCGUCCCUCCAGGCUCUCCAUGACCAGCUGGUUGUGCCUCUCACCCCUACAGCAGCACAGAAAGACCUGGAGCACUACCUACCCCUUCAUGGCCUCCAUUUAUACCCUCAAGACUUUACCAUUGAAGAAGAACUGAGAGGCAUGUUCCUCUUCACCAAGGAUCCCAAGAAUAUAUUAUAAUGGCAAAAACUUUUAGAUACAUAAAUUAUUGCAAUAACAGUUGAAACUGUAGAUACCAAAUGUCCUAUCAAUUACUAUUUGUUGUAGCAGGAAAAAAUAUACAGUAUACGAUAUGUAUUCACAAUUAGGAAAGUGGAAAAUAACAAUUUGUACAGAGGAAUAAUAUUGUAGUGCGUACAUACACUAUAGUUUUUGUAAUUCACACUGAAAGUAAACUAUGUUGAGUCAUCCUCCAUGAUAUGACAAAUUCUGGUGUCCUAAAA